UUAGUGUCACUGUCACUGUCAAAUUUUGACAACCAAAUCCAUUGCACAUUGCACAACAUUUCAACAAAAAACUUGUUUACAAAAUCGUACCAAUUUCUGUCAUAUCAAAAUAUCGUCGCAUGAUGAUAUGCAAGAUAUAAUCGCUAUUGCAAAAGCUCUCAAUUAUAACCGGAUAUUUCCAUGAAGCGGGCGUUUUGCGUGUUCGCCGCUCUCCUUAACGAUAGCAGUGUGCGAGCGGUUUCUAAGAUGAAAUUGAUGAGUAACUUUAAGGAGUGGAAGUUUAAAUAUCCACCGAAUUAUGCGGAGCUUCCUAUUGAUGAAAACCCGGCGUACAACGAGCCCGUAGCUGUUAAGAAUGCUGUGUUUUCUAAGGUACCAACUGAGCCGUUAACAGGCAACAUCCGCCUAGUCUGCGCAUCGGAGGAUGCCCUGAAAGACCUGUUUGAUCUGGAUCCCAGUGUGGCGGAGUCCGAGGACUUUAUCAACUUUGUCGCUGGGAAGUACCAGCCGCCGGGAGGACUGAGUGUUAGCCAUAGGUAUGGGGGUUACCAAUUUGGCUUCUGGGCCGAUCAAUUGGGUGACGGCAGAGCCCACGUUCUUGGUGAAUAUGUUAACAGCAAGGGUGAAAGCUGGCAACCCCAGCUAAAGGGAUCCGGUGAGACCCCGUACUCGCGCUUCGGCGACGGCCGCGCUGUGCUUCGCUCGAGUGUCCGCGAGAUGCUAGCCUCAGAGGCUAUGUACGGUCUUGGCGUGCCCACUACCCGAGCCGCCGCUUUGGUGGUGAGUGACGACCACAUGGUAUGGCGCGACAAGACGUACUCCGGACGAGCGAAGCAAGAGCGAGCGGCUAUAGUGAUGCGAGUGUGCCCUGCCUGGUACAGACUUGGCUCUUUUGAGAUACUCGAUAAGAGGAAGGAGCCUGACACUAUGAAGACACUUUUCGAGUUCAUUAUAAAGCACCAUUUCCCCUCAAUAGAUAGUGAGGAUGAAGACAGAUUCGUCAAGUUCUACACAGAGGUCGCUCACAAGAAUUUAGACAUGGUGGCGGCUUGGCAAGGUGUGGGCUUUACACACGGCGUCCUAAACACAGACAAUGUGAGCAUCUUAGGCGUGACCAUAGACUACGGUCCGUAUGGGUUCAUAGACCACUACUACGGGAGCUACGUGCCUAACACAUCUGACGACCUCGGCCGCUAUGCUUUUGACAGACAACCUCAGAUCCUGUUGUGGAACUUGGAAAAAUUCGCUCUCGCGUUGGAACCCAUCCUUCCAGAGGAUCAGAAGCAGAAGAUUAAAGAAUUUGAAGCCACAUUAGAAGACUAUGUCAAGAGGAAAGUGCUGUCCACAUACCUUCUGAAACUGGGUCUGAAAGAAAUUCAAGAUGGCGACGGAGCUCUGAUAGAGGACUUCCUCAAUCUGAUGCAGGAUACCAUGGCGGAUUUCACCUGCACAUUUCGACAGUUAGCUGAGGUCGACCUGGGGGAUUUAGAGGACGUGUCUAAGCUGGAAACCAAGUGGUCCCUCAAAAAGAUUAGAGAAGCCAAAGGGUGGGGCAAGUGGGUGGAGAGGUACAGGCAGAGGGUCGAGAAAGAAAAUGUUUCAGAGGAGGAACGCCGCUCGCGCAUGUCAGCCGUCAACCCGGCGUACGUGCCGCGCAACUGGAUGAUGCAGGAAGCCAUCGCAGACGCAGAAAACAACGACUUCACGAAGGUGCGAUUUCUGCUGGAGCUGUUCAGAAGACCAUUCGAGGUGAACGCGGAGGCCGAGAAGCUGGGAUACUCUUCCCAACCUCCCAGCUGGUCCUACGGACUCAAGCUGAGCUGCUCUAGCUAAACCAUGUCUUUACAUUCCCAUACUAAAUUUACAUGACGAUCCAGGCGGCCUAGCCAAGGUGACAAUGGCUUGCCAUUCGCCAUCGAAUCGCUUUGUGUCUCUAUCGCUCUUCCAUAUUAGUGUGACAGUGACAGUUGCGUUUCGUUCGCUACAGAGCGAUAAUGAUUGGCAUGUUGUCUACGGGGCCUAACCUGAAGAGUAUGGACAAGAUUGACGAGGAGAGCCAACGAGAGUUUUAUAAGUAAGAUGAUUGGGUCGUCAAUUAGGCAAUUGAAAUGUAAUUUUAGUAUCAGCUAUAUAGAAACAUAAAAACAAUGGAACAAGUAUAAUUUUCAUAUAAAAUAUUUUUUAGGGAAACUUAGGGACGGAUAGAGAAGUUAGGAUAUUUUAAAAGUAAAGUUACGAACAAGAACAGAAUCGUUAAAUAAGUAUAUAUAAAUAGUGUUUACCCUGUAUAGUUAUUUUGUAAUAUUUUAUAUUUGUAAUAACUUUUGUUGAUAUAUUUUGGGAAAGGAUCGCUCAUUGUAAAAAUGCUUUAUCUAUAUUUAUAUUGUUGAAGUAAAAUUACUUCAUAAUAAUUUUCUCUUAAAUGUAUUUUUUUUAAUAAACAAUUUUUUUUUAUAUUAAUAAAUUAAAUAUACUUUUUUCCAUUCUUAUAUUAUUUGGAAUUAUUCAUGAGCUUGAUUGUACUCAGUCGUGUUGUUAAAUAUAUAUUU